GCUGUGAAUAGAGCAUGGUUGCACCUGUGUGUUUUCCCUUGUGAAUCAAAGGCCAUCCUUCUGGUUAAUCCUUCAGAAAGCAAUAGCUUUUCACUCCGAUUCACUGCUGCCACUGUGACCCACUUUGUGAGUGUGUAAAGUGAAUAAAGGAGCAAGUGCGCUCGCUAUCCUGGCUCAUGAAAAGGAGCUUGGCUGGCUGUUUAUCUAUGUCAACACUUUGGAAGUUUAACACAUAGUGCGAACAGUACAACAGGACUACAUAUAUUAAUGAUAUGUUAAAUUUGUCAAACCUUAAUAUUGAAUUAUAGGAGAUACUGCUAUUGGAGAGGGAGUCACUCGCUUUUUCAUUUCUACAUGUAUGGAAAAGCUAAAGUCUGGGUUUUGUAUCAGUUUUGGAAACUCCAAUGUUACACGGCUUUUUGAAGGAGAGCCUGGCCAUUUAGUUCCCUCAGCCUCUCACUUUCUUGUGGAGAGUGAUAUGUUCCUUGUGGCAGGCAGAAUGGUUGACCACUCCUUUCUUCAUGGAGGACCUUGCUUGUCUGGACUCAGCCCUGCUGUUCUUCAUGUCCUGCUUGGUGGGAGCCCUGAAACUGUAACAGUUACACUAGAGGACUGCCCAGACCUGGACAUUAGAGAGACAAUCAAGCUUCUUGAAGGUGAAACAAAACUCUCUGAUGCUGAAAGAACGAGUGUCCAGGACUUGGCUUAUGCCUGGGACCUCCCUUCCCUGACUGAGAAUAAUCGAAAAUGGCUUUUUGAGAAGCUAUUGAUCCAUGCUGUCAUUGGGCGUGUCACAAGACAGGUUAAGCAGCUGAGACGAGGUCUUAAAGAAACCCCAUUGUGGACAGUGCUUACCAAGCGACCUGACACAGUAGGCUUGCUUUUUCCACGUGAGGGAAUAGGCAGCAUUUGUCCUGAGGUAUUUCUUCAACGCAUCACUUGGCCAGCAAAGGAGGAUGAUGAAGAUGAUGAUUGGUCAGGUGAAACCAAAUGCCACAUCUCAGGGUAUCUUUGAGAGUUCAUUACAAAUGGAACAACAACAGAUCUGAUGACCCUGGUCAAAUUCUGGACCUGAUGGGAGAUUCUUCCAACAACUCUCUCUGUGGAGAUAGUCAAAGGUAGAUAUCCCACAGCCUCCACCUGCUACAAGACCUUUCGAAUUCCUGGAGACUACAAGGAUUACAUGUCUUUUAAGAGUGAUAUCCUUGCCUGUAUCAGCACUUGCAGUACAGGAUUUAGUCUUGUGUGAGCUCCAAAUUUUGUUCGUUCUCUGUUUUCCCAAAAAGAUUGUUGCAUUAAGAAUUCUGGAGUAGCUUAUUGUUAACAUGGUGUUAUUUGUUAAACAGUUCUUUCAAGUAGAUUGAGUUUAAAAUGUUCUAUGACGUGAACUACAACUUUAAAAGUAGCAUUUAUAUUUAAAAAGCCAAGUAAAACUAGUUCAUAACCUUACUUUGUCUAAUGUAAAACUGAAUAAGAAUGCAUGUUUAACACAACUGUUUACAAUGUUUGCUUACAGUAUGCAAUAACAAAAUACAAACUGGAGUUAAGUGAAUCUCACUGAACUAUAGUGUCAAAAAAUGUGGGAAAUUACUUUUGAAUGUUAAAUCCUGAACUUCAACUUCUAA